UUGAUGGCGGUGGUCGUGGCGAGCGGAAGGAAUGUGACGUAUGAUGGGAGGUCACUGAUCGUCGACGGUCAGCACAAGAUCCUCUUCUCCGGUUCGAUUCACUAUCCUCGUAGCACUCCAGAGAUGUGGCCAUCUCUGAUAGCCAAGGCCAAGCAAGGAGGGAUUGAUGUCAUACAAACUUAUGUAUUCUGGAAUCAGCAUGAGCCCCAUCAAGGACAGUAUGACUUUAGUGGGAACAAGGACAUAGUGAGGUUCAUGAAGGAAGUCCAAGCACAGAGACUCUAUGCAUGCCUAAGGAUUGGUCCAUACAUAGAGAGUGAAUGGACUUAUGGGGGUCUACCAUACUGGCUACAUGAUAUUCCGGGCAUAGUAUACCGGUCAGACAAUGAACCAUUCAAGUUUCAAAUGCAGAAGUUCACAACAAUGAUAGUCAACAUGAUGGAAGCGGAGAAGUUAUAUGCAUCGCAAGGAGGGCCAAUCAUACUAUCACAGAUUGAGAAUGAGUAUAAAACAGUGGAAGCAGCGUACCAUGAGAAUGGGCCGCCUUAUGUACGUUGGGCAGCUCAAAUGGCAGUGGGACUCCAAACAGGCGUGCCCUGGGUGAUGUGCAAGCAAGAUGAUGCACCCGACCCCGUAAUCAAUGCAUGCAAUGGAAUGCGAUGUGGAGAAACAUUUGCAGGACCCAACUCACCAAAUAAGCCGUCAAUAUGGACAGAGAACUGGACAAGUCGCUACCUAGUUUUCGGGGAAGACCAGCGUACCAGAUCAGUUGAAGACAUCGCAUUUCAUGUUGCACUAUUCAUAGCAAAGAAAGGGAGUUAUGUCAACUAUUACAUGUAUCAUGGAGGGACAAAUUUUGGACGAACAGCUUCUGCAUUCGUGACAACAAGUUAUUAUGAUCAAGCUCCUCUUGAUGAAUAUGGUUUGAUGAGGCAACCGCAGUGGGGUCAUCUCACGGAGUUACAUGGCACAAUAAAGUCAUGCUCAAAGGCUUUACUCUAUGGAACCCCAGUUGAUACUAGUUUAGGUCCACUUCAACAAGCCAUUGUCUUCAGAGGAUCACAAGGAAUAUGUGCAGCAUUUCUGAUAAACAAUGACACAAGAAGUACAAGAAUCCUCUUUCAAAAUAUUCCAUUUGUAUUGCCUCCAAAGUCAAUUAGUAUUCUGCCAGACUGCAAGACAGCAUUUUUAACACAGCAGAGGUAUGACACAAAAGUUAGUACAAGAACAAUGACAAUCAACCAGAAGCUUGAUUCCAGUGACAAAUGGCAAGAGUACCAAGAAGAAAUAAUUUCGUUUGACAUGACUUCCUUCAGAGCAAACACUUUGUUGGAUCACAUGAACAUAACUAAGGAUGCAUCCGACUAUGUUUGGUACACAUUCAGGGUUCAGCAAGACUCACCAAAUGCUGAAGCUGAACUGGAUGUGUUCUCCCAAGGGCAUGCAUUACAUGUAUUUUUGAAUGGAGAAUAUGCAGGAUCUGCUCAUGGAAGUCACGACAAUUCAACAUUCAGUCUGCAGCAAUCAGUUUUCUUCAAUAAGGGGAUAAACUAUAUAUCCCUGCUUAGCGUCACAGUAGGAUUUCCGAAUUCAGGGGCACAUCUUGAGCGGAGAAUUGCUGGACCACGUAGAUUAAAGAUCAACAGGGUGGACUUUACAAACUAUGCAUGGGGCUACCAGGUUGGCCUCUCUGGAGAGAACAAGGGGAUCUACACAGACUUUGGCUCAAGCAAAGUGCGAUGGAAUAAGUAUGGUAGCUCAAUCAGUAAUCGACUCAUUUGGUACAAGACAACAUUCGAUGCGCCAGUUGGAAAUGAUCCAGUGGCUUUGAACCUAAGUUCAAUGGGAAAGGGUGAAGUGUAUGUCAACGAGCAAAGCAUUGGUCGAUAUUGGGUUUCAUUUCACACUGACUCUGGGGUUCCUUCACAAAUAUGGUACCACAUUCCUCGAUCUUUCCUCAAACCAAAAGGCAACCUGUUAGUCAUACUAGAAGAAGAAAGUGGAAACCCCCUCGGGAUUACAAUAGACACCAUUCAGGCAACAGAGCAACAAUAGAAAAGGCCUGCAGAGAGCACCAUCAGUAAAGCAGUAAGGAUAUGCUGGUGGAUGAUCAAAUUAGUCAUAACAAUGGAUAACAAUUCCUACGGCAUCUUCCCCCUUCCACUGAGCUGUUCAACUGUAGAUAAAUGCUUUUAAAAUUCUCUACUGUCCUUAGUCUGUUUCAAAUUAUUGAGUUGUCACUAUACUCAGAUUGCAUGACAAUUCUUUGUCUAAAUUUGGAUAGCAAAAAUCAAUACGUGGUCAAUUCAAUCUCAACAUCUUCACAAUCAAACAAAGUUUGCAAAUGGAGAACUAUCUACAUAUUUCAAUCAAGCAGCCAUGAUUAAGGCCAGAGAAUCAAACACACGUCAUCUUGGACAGAUUCA